UUGGUUCUACUAUUUACUCUAUUUCCGGAAAAUUUUUGUCAACAACUGUAGGUGAUACAGGGUGUUUUAUCGAAAAGCGGCAGAAUCAAUGAAGUAAAAAAUUAAUUCAUUAUGCCAGGCAAAAGGAAUAAAGCCCAACAGUCCAAAACAAGUCAGGUGAAAAGACCACGACGUGCACAUAACGGAACUGGAAAGUCCACUACCAAUGAUGCUGUGGCUGUCGAUACAAGCACUCAACCCCUUGAUGUUCCUCCUGAAGCCUUGGCUGCAUUAACCCAAACCAUAACAAAGGCAGUCACGGAGAAGGUGUUAGCAGAGAUAAAACCAUUACUGCAACAUCAGGGGAGUAUCUCUGUUCAUAAUAUGGGGGGAGAAAGGGGAAAUAAUGCUUCCACUACAUCAAGCAAUAGUUUAACAGCAGGUCCUUCUGGGGCAGUUUGUCAAAUAACAAAUAAGUCAGUAGAUGCAAGUAUCUCAGGAUUGGUAUCAGGCGCUGUAAUCGAACACAGUUCACAGAUUGUAGGUACUGAACUUCCACCUGCAGCAAAUGUCGGUAAGAAAUCAGGUUUUGUAAGCUCAUCAGUACCGAUAGAGGCAACUGUUUCUGACAAAAUAAAAUCUAAAAUUUGGUCAAAACAAUAUGUUGAUAUGGCUCUGUUGUUAAAAAAGGAAAAGGGGAAAAGUAAGUAUUCUAUCAAGGUAGAGGAACAGGAUCAGACAGGUAAGGUGGUAAUCCACAAUAUGCGAUCCACAGAUGACGACGAAGUUAGGGAUGGUUCGUUAUCCCUGCAUGACUGGGUAACUGCGUGGAAUAGGUAUGUGACAAUAUAUUGCAUUAAAGAUACACUUGCACAGCCAAAGCUUGCAAAACACAUGGAAUCAGUAAGGCAAAUUGCAGAGGAAAAGGGGGACUGGAGAAAAUAUGAUAAGGAGUUCAGGGAACUCAUAGAACAAGGUGAGGUAGAAUGGGGUGAUGUCCAUAUGGAGAUAUAUGUUAAUGCUCGCCUCAAACAAUCAGAAAAGAAGUCAAGCAAAAUAACACCAGACUGUUCGUCAUUUGGUGCGUAUGAGGAAGUCCCUCAGGGGUCAUGCUUUGCCUAUCACAAAGCUGGAAGGUAUUGUAGGCUUGGUUCAUCAUGCAAAUUCCAGCACAGAUGUUAUAACUGUGGUGGCUUCCAUCCAAUCUACAUAUGUAAAAAACCAAUUCAACGGCCAUUUCGUUUCUUGGACAAAUCCAGAACCCAAAAACCAUUUCAAGGAAAUGGCACAUCAACCAACACAGGUAAUGCUAAAUUCUCAAAGCCAACCUAUCCCACAAAAGGGUCCAACUCCAGUAAAUCCCAGUAGAUUAGAGUACUGGUUGGUGGGGUAUGACAAGGUAGAAACAGAAUUUUUAGUUAAUGGUUUUUUGAUAUGGGUUCCACAUUGGUUACACAGGGGAAAGUAGAAAUACUCUUUCAAAAAAUUUAAAACCGGCACUGGACUUACCAGAAGUUAUUAGCAAAAAGUUAGAAAAGGAGAUAAAUUUGGGUAGAAUUAUGGGUCCUUUCAAAGAGAAACCACUGCCAAUUUUAAAUUGUUCCCCUUUAGGUCUAGUUAGUAAGAAAACAGAGGGUGAGUACCGUAUGAUCCAUCAUUUGUCAUAUCCGGAAGGUGAGUCUGUCAAUGAUGGCAUACCCGAGGAAGAGUCAUUUGUUCAAUACUCUUCUGUAGAGGAUGCUAUUCAAAACAUUAAGCAGUGUGGGAAAGGAUCAUAUUGUUGCAAAACAGAUAUUUCUAAUGCAUUUCGAAUUAUCAACCUACAUGCAUCACAGUUUGAAUACUUUGGUUUCACUUGGCAAGGUCAUUGGUAUUUUGACACGUCUUCA